AGCAAUUUGUGUUUACUGCUGUGGAUGCUCUUACAUAAAUUUGCAAUUUAUGGGCAAUAUACAUGUAGUUUAAAUUACAUGCUGUAAAUUAAAAUACUUAUCUUUGUGUGAUGCUGAAUUCUAUAUGAUGGGGGGAGGGGAAGCUUUGAAUUGCGUAGACAUAAUUCUCAACAUUCAUGCAAUGCCGUCUUUUUUAGGUCUAGUCAACAUUUAAGUGCUGUGGAGUUCAAAAAUAUGUUGUUUCCAGUGUUAUCAGAUUACCAAUUCCACAGACAACAUGACACAUUAUUCUAAAUAUUGGUUUACAAGCCCAUGCACGCGCUGGCGGGGGAGUGAGACAAUAUAGGACGAUUAAAUACAUCAAGAUUAGGAUUGCGAGUACCAUUUCCCUUAAUGACUAUAUAAGCAUUUCCCCACCGUCGUAAUCAAUAGCUAUUUACUUAUGCAAGUCAUCCCCCCCCCUCCUCAAAAAAGUCGUUUCAGUCUCUUUUCCGUAAGGGUUACUUCCGGCCCCUUUACAGAUGUUCUGCAGAAGUCCCGAAAGUCGCCCACCACUUCACCUUUUCAACUGAUUCAUGAAAUCACAGUCAGAGUAGGAGGAGAGCGCAGAGCCGGAAGUCCUUCCCCGAGCUCCCAUUGGUCUUUUACUUUAUCAAUCAGGCGCCGGAGGACCAACACACCGCCAACCGCUGCCCCGCAUUUUCCUUUAAGUAGGGAGACCUAAGAAAAGGAGUUCUGUGCCUCUCUUGCCCUUUCCCUUCGCGAAGUCUCGUUUCUUUGUGGUCUGUGAAUAUCCCAGAUGGCCAAUUCCCUCAAUGGCCGGAACCCAGGUGGCCGAGGAGGAAACCCCCGCAAAGGGCGUAUUCUGGGAUUCAUUGAUGCUAUUCAGGAUGCAGUUGGCCCCCCCAAGCAGGCAGCUGCUGAUCGCAGGACUGUGGAAAAAACUUGGAAAUUAAUGGAUAAAGUGGUCAGACUGUGUCAGAAUCCCAAACUUCAAUUGAAAAAUAGCCCACCUUACAUACUUGACAUUUUACCGGAUACGUACCAACACUUGCGACUUAUUUUGGGCAAGUAUGAUGAUAACCAGAAACUUUCACAGCUCAGUGAAAAUGAAUAUUUUAAAAUCUAUAUUGAUAGCCUCAUGAAAAAGUCAAAACGAGCUAUAAGACUUUUUAAGGAGGGAAAAGAAAGAAUGUAUGAAGAACAAUCACAGGACAGGCGAAAUCUUACAAAAUUGUCCCUCAUCUUCAGUCAUAUGCUUGCAGAAAUAAAGGCAAUCUUCCCUAAUGCUCAAUUCCAGGGUGACAACUUUCGUAUCACAAAAGCAGAUGCUGCAGAAUUCUGGAAGAAGUUCUUCGGAGAAAAGACCAUAGUGCCUUGGAAAGUAUUCCGACAAUGUCUUCAUGAGGUGCAUCAAAUUAGUUCUGGUCUGGAAGCGAUGGCUUUGAAGUCUACUAUUGAUCUAACAUGCAAUGACUAUAUUUCAGUUUUUGAAUUUGAUAUCUUCACAAGAUUAUUUCAGCCUUGGGGUUCAAUAUUAAGAAACUGGAACUUCUUAGCUGUGACUCAUCCUGGAUAUAUGGCAUUUCUGACUUAUGAUGAAGUUAAAGCACGGUUACAGAAAUAUAGCACCAAACCAGGAAGCUACAUUUUUAGAUUAAGUUGCACUCGACUUGGGCAGUGGGCUAUUGGUUAUGUCACUGGUGAUGGAAAUAUUUUACAGACCAUACCCCACAAUAAGCCUUUAUUUCAAGCUCUAAUUGAUGGCAGCCGGGAAGGAUUCUAUCUUUAUCCAGAUGGACGAAGUUAUAACCCUGAUCUGACAGGACUAUGUGAACCUAUUCCACAUGAUCAUAUAAAAGUUACACAGAGGCUCUUCAUUGCAGUCAUUCCUUUUCAGGAACAAUAUGAAUUAUAUUGUGAAAUGGGUUCCACAUUCCAGCUUUGUAAAAUUUGUGCUGAAAAUGAUAAAGAUGUGAAGAUUGAACCUUGUGGACAUUUGAUGUGUACAUCUUGCCUAACCGCAUGGCAGGAAUCUGAUGGUCAAGGAUGUCCUUUUUGCCGUUGUGAAAUCAAAGGAACUGAACCCAUAAUUGUAGAUCCCUUUGAUCCCAGAGAUGAAAACAUAAGAUGCUGCAGUAUUUUGGAUAGCUUUGGUAUUCCUAUGCUUGACUUCGAUGAUGAUGAUGAUAGAGAAGAGUCUUUGAUGAUGAAUCGGUUAGCUUCUGUGCGAAAGUGUAAUGAAAGACAGAAUUCCCCAGUGACAUCUCCAGGAUCAUCUCCUCUUGCUCAAAGAAGGAAACAAUUUCCUGAUCCCAUACAAGGAUCCCAUCUUACCCUUCCACCAGUCCCUCCUCGAUUGGACCUAAUACAGAAAGGAGUUUGCCGAUCCCCUUGUUCCAGCCCAACAAACUCACCAAAGUCUUCUCCAGGUAUGAUGAGGAAACAAGACAAGCCUCUUCCAGCACCACCACCACCAAUACGAGAUCCACCUCCACCUCCACCAGAAAGGCCUCCACCCAUUCCUCCAGAUAAUAGAUUAAGUAGACAUUUGCAUCAUCCUGAAAGUGUAUCUGCCAGGGAACAACCAAUGCCACUUGAAGCCUGGUGCUCCAGAGAAGUGUGUGGGAAUAAUCAAAUUGUGGGAUGUCGUAUAGUAGGAAAUGAUAAUUGUCCCAAACCUGGACUUACUGCGAGCUCAAAUAUGAAUGGAAGACAUUGUCGUAUGGGUUCUGAUCCAUUAUUUCUGCGAAAGCACAGAUUCUCUGAAUUACCUUUAGAAGGUACCAAGAUAUUUUCAAAUGGACAUCUAGGUAAUGAGGAAUAUGAUGUUCCACCUCGCAUUUCACCUCCCCCACCAGUUGUUUCAGCUAUGCCAAAUAUGAAGUCUUCUGUUGCUGUUAUAAAUUCCUUUUCUGAAAAAUCAAGAGAACAUGUAGAAGAUGAGUACAAGAUUCCUUCAUCCCAUCCUGUUUCUUUGCCUUCACAAUCACUUCAUUGCCAUAAUAUGAAGUCCCAUAUUCGUGUAUUUGAAAAUGGUCAGUGCUCUGGAAUAAGUAGUGAAAUGCACAAUACUUCAUCUGAGAUGAAAAAAUUGAAACAACCUGAUAUAGGAGAAGCCUUUGAUUCUACUAUUCCAAUACCUUUGCCGCCUCUGCGACCUCCACUGAGGGAAAAUUUGAAACAUGCAUCUGUACUCAAUAGAACGUCCUCUGAUUAUGACUUGCUUGUGCAUCCUCCAGGUGAAGAUUUGUCCGACAAUCCACCACCUUCCCUUCCUCCACCUCCACCACCUCCUGCACGCCAUAGCUUCAUUGAGCAAACAAGACCACUUGUUGCAGGAAAUAGACCCCUGUCUGGACAUGAACUGUACCACCCUCCCACUGAUCUUUUUUUUGAUCCUACAAAUGGCUCAGUUCCGUUACCACCUGUUAGAAGAUUAACCAUUGAAAAUAUAAAGGCCCAUAGAAUAUCUCAGGAUUAUGACCAACUGCCAUCUUCUUCAGAUUGUUCACAAGCACCAGCCAGACCUCCAAAACCACUUCCUCGUAGGACUGCUCCAGAAAUACACCAUAGGAAGGCACAUAAUACAUCUAUAGAAAAUGUUGAUGCAAAGAUCGCAAAACUUAUGGGAGAAGGUUAUUCUUUUGAAGAAGUGAAGAGGGCCCUUGAAAUAGCCCAGAAUAAUCUUGAUGUAGCACGGAGCAUUCUAAGAGAGUUUGCUUGCUUUCCUUCAUCAGUUUCUCCACGACUCAAUCUAUAGUAUGGAAAAUCUUGCAGCAAGCCUAAUU